AUGGCUUUCGCGCCCAUGGGGCCUGAGGCCUCGUUCUUUGAGGUCCUCGACCGCCACAGAGCGUCCCUGUUGGCUGCCCUGAAUAGAGGCGGCCAGGAACCCCCUGAACAGGGGACUCAUGUGGCCUCUAGUUCUGAGGUUCUUGCAUCUAUAGAAAAUAUCAUUCAGGACAUCGUCACAAGCUUGGCAAGGAAAGAGGCACCUGCCUUCAUCAUAGACAACAGAUCAAGCUGGGAAAAUACCAAGUUUGAAGACAGUGUGGGUCUUCAAAUGGUAUCCCAUUGUACCACAAGAAAAAUCAGAAGUGAUUCUCCAAAAUCAGUUAAAAAAUUUGCUCUAAUUCUUAAAAUAUUAUCUAUGAUUUAUAAAUUAGUACAGAGCAACACUUAUGCAACCAAAAGAGACAUAUAUUACACUGACAGCCAACUCUUUGGUAAUCAGACUAUUGUGGACAAUAUUAUUGAUGAUAUUUCUUGUAUGCUGAAAGUACCAAGGAGGAGUCUACAUAUUUUGUCAACCUCCAAAGGAUUAAUUGCUGGCAAUUUAAGAUAUGUUGAGGAAGAUGGCACCAGAGUGAGCUGUGCCUGCGGCGCUUCCGCUAUUGCUGUACCAUCUAAUGUUCAAGGAAUUCGGAACUUAAUCACAGAUGCAAAAUUUCUGUUAAUUGUAGAAAAAGAUGCAACUUUUCAGCGGCUCCUGGAUGACAACUUCUGCAACCACAUGUCGCCAUGCAUCAUGGUGACGGGAAAAGGCACACCUGACCUGAACACGAGACUUUUAGUCAAGAAACUGUGGGACCUGUUCCACAUUCCUGUUUUCACACUGGUAGAUGCUGACCCGCACGGCAUAGAAAUAAUGUGCAUCUAUAAGUAUGGAUCUCUGUCUAUGUCCUUUGAGGCCCACAACCUAACGGUCCCUGCUGCUCGAUGGCUCGGCCUCCUCCCUUCUGAUAUUAAAAGGUUAAAUAUACCUAAAGAAAGCUUGAUUCCCCUUACAAAACAGGACCAAAUGAAGCUUGACAGUAUCUUGAAGAGGCCUUAUGUUACCUGCCAACCAUUUUGGAGAAAAGAGAUGGAAAUGAUGGCAGACACUAAGGUGAAGGCGGAAAUUCAAGCUUUGGCCUCCCUGUCCUCGGAUUACCUUUCUAGAGUAUACUUGCCUAACAAAUUAAAGUUUGGAGGGUGGAUAUGAAACUACAAGGCUUACUAUUAGCUGGUGAGCCCUGUCAUGGAGAGGCUAUAAACCCUU